UCGUCGACCGAGUAAGACGUGCGUGCGUGUCUCCGUUGGUUGGUUGUUUCGAACGAGAAUCCACGUUUGUUGUAUACCGUAGCGAAGACGAGCAGCUAAAGUUUAAUUGAUGUGCUUCAUUUGAUUGUGUGUGCGUACGUGUGUGUCUAAUGUCUGAGUGAAAAAAAAACGCCCAAAAAAAGAAAAGUAAAGAAGGGAAACGUCUCGGGAGUGUGAAUAUCAUUACCACACCCCCUCGAGGGGCCAAAUAGAGUGCAAGUGCGCCAGGAAGUGUUUCGCCGCGAAGUAAGUGACCGCGAAGACGAAAUUCGACGAAGACGGUUUCGGAAUCCCGUGCAGGGAUAGCGUACUUCGGCCAGCGUGAGCUGCCAGCUUUAAUGUGCUAAAAAGGACUGCGCGCACUCGUCUGUGUGUGUGUUUUGUAAUCGCGGAUUGCAUCACCGGAGCAUCGUUCAGCGACGUUGACACGGUUCCGGUUAAGGCGAAUGACGUUGCGGCAUCUCGAGGUCACCGAGACGGAGCAGUAGUAGUAUGCAGAGUACCGCAGUGCGUGGCUCGAUGCGAUAAUUGGUCCCGAGCCCGAGCAAGAUGAGAUGGUUUAAGCGAUCGACGGAGUCGCCGAAACUGCUCAGUCUGUCACCGCUACGGCAUUCCGAGUCCGGGAAUGUGUACGGUAAUGAACCGCCGACCAACGGACACCGGACGCAGUACCACCGUCACCACCACCGUCUGCAUCAGCAACAGCAGCAUUCCGAUGAUCCCGGCUCGACGGCGACCGCGACGACGACGACCGCGACGACGACGACGACAACACUCCGACGGCGAAGUGCUGGCGAUGAUCUGUGCGAUGCAGGAGAGCUGCUAGUGGUGGACGGUGCGUUCGGGACGCGUACGACCGGACGGUUGGAGGGUAGCCGGAUCGGGAGUCUGCUACACUCGUCACUGUCCUCUCCCACCACCAGCGCCUCCUCCAGCAACUCAUCCGGUUUGUCGGGAUCGAGCGGCAGCACCAACACCACCAGUGGCUCAUCCCCAACGAGUAGCACAACGAGCAGCAGCAGCAGCACCAACAGCACCAACAGCAGCAGUAGUAGCGACACAACCUCCAGUACCUCACCGUUCUCGUACACCAGUGAUAGUCACGGCGGCAGCGGCAGCAACAGUAGCACACUCAAGUUCUUACACUCGGGAACGGCCACCACUCCGCGCAAGUCGCGCAUCGAUCUAUCUCCGGUGAACUGGGCAAAGGUACGGAGCGGUUCGUCCGGCAUCAACUGCUACAGCAUCGAGGAAGGGCGCGUUAUCGAGCGUCCGAAAGGUCGUUACAUCUCACCCGUACGCAUCAAAAACAAGCAUCUCGUCGGUAACGUCGGUUCCAGCUCAGAAGCGAACAGUGCAGCGACCACCGGUAUCAAUACCCUAUCGCGAAGAGUUUUGCAACGUUCCGCUGAUAAGAGAGACGAAUCGAAAGCUGAUGCGGCCCGGGAUGGUAGAGUGGAUGGUAGCAGCAGCAACAGCGCUAACAACAACAACAACCGAGACAACAGCACCUCACUGUACAAACAGCUAAGCCGAUCGAUCGGUAACAUCGUCGAUACGCUCGACGCACGCCAGAGUCCAUCCCUUGGCCAACGCUCGGUACCGUACCGGGAGAAGAAGAACCCGCUCGGUAGUACGCGCCUCUCCUGCUACCAACAACCGAUCAGCCUCGAUCAGACUCCAGCGACCGACGUCGGACUGCAGCAGCAGCAGCAUGCUGACGGAGGGCUGCGACGUACGGAUCGAGCUUCAAAGACGGCGCGACAUCCGUUCUACAAAUCGGUGGACGAUUUAAUCUUUCUCAGCUACACAACACAGGACGCUGAUCGCGGUCGUGGACCACUGGAAGCAGCGUCACUGGAAAACACCGCGCACAGUCGCGCUACUGAUAGUGAAGCGGAGACGGAUCAGCUGCAGCUGCGGGAACGGUUAGUCGGUUCGCCAAUACCGGGCGUUGCGGUGAGUGACGCUUCGCGAGCUAUCAACAGUAGCAGCAGCAGUACUACGAUUGUGCGCACCGGCAUUGACCGGCGUCGCUUAUCGUCCUCCAGUGUCAUUCUGAUCGGUUCAGAGCACGCGAGCGAACUCCGAGAAGUCAAAAGUGUAGCAGUACCAAAGAACGAUUCAUCCUCGACGAUGGCCACUCAAACGACAACGACAACGACGACGACGACCACCUCCAACACCACCACCAUGGAUCCGAGUGAUCACGAUGAAACGUACGGUUUCGCUCAGAUGCGCUCGACACUCGGUCCGAUCGAGGCUGCCUAUCAGCUGCGGCUGGAGGCACUCCGAAAUGAAACCAACUCCGGCAGAGCGUCCAGCUCGGCCACACUGCCCGCCUUCAAAACCCCAAAGAAGAACUUUACCAACAAGAUCAAGGCAAUGUCCGAUCGGACGCAGAAGCUGUUCUCACGUAUCUAUUCCACCAACACGGCUGGUGGUGGUGGCGGUGGAAAGUCGAUGGUAACCGGACGCGGUGCCAACACUCUGUACCACCUGUCCGCGACGAAAUCCCUCAAAAAGACUCCCUCCAAGUUGAGCGAUGCGAGCCGUCGAAGUGUCAGCUAUGGUGCCCUGCCGGGAUUAGCGGAUUUUCAGCAUCACUUAGCCAAAGAGCAGCACGAUUACGAGGACGUCGAAAGCCGGCACGAUGGUGAGCAGGAGGAGGAGGAGGUGGAAGAGAGGGAGGAACAAAGUCACGAGGAACAGAGGAAGCACCCAUCGUCCAAGAAACCACCAGCACAGUCGAUCGAUGAUGUCGAUCUGCUGGUGAACGGUGUGACGGUCAUCACCCUGUCCGGAUCGGUCGCCAGUGGACAGCAUACCGAUGCGGAGGAUGGUGAUUCCGGUAUUCUGGUUAACGAGUCUGGCGCCUCGUCCAUUCUCGAGACGGACGACGUGUUCCACGAGCCAACCGUGGCCGGAUUGCCCAGCAUCCCUUCGAAGACAGUUCUGACGACCGGACCGCCUGGGUGCGGUCCGGAAGCUACCGAAUUCAAACUGGUCACCAUCCGGUUGGACGGCAUGAUGGCUGACGAGCACGGUGUCGGUGCGGUGGGCUCUACGAACGAGCCAAGCAGCGACGGUAGUGGUGCCCUGGGCAUCAUCGUGACACCGAUUGCCACCACGGACGGUGAGGUGAGCAACCGCUACAAGGUGGCCCAUGUUUUGCCCGGAGGACUCGUUUACAGGGAAGGUUCGAUACAGCCGAACGAUGAAAUUGUCAACAUCCUCGGGAAACGGUUACGCGGUUUGUCGACGCGGCAGGUCCAGGACCUGCUGAACAGUUGUACACGCCGUACCGGCACUGCUGGUAGUUGUAGCCGCUCCAGUAUCGAUCUUGUCAUUUGUCGCAGUAGGGCAAACGGCACCGAUCACGAUUUCGACGAUGAUCAUCAUCAACAGCAACAGCAACAGCACCACGAAGCAGAUCCUUCUCGUCCGCCCUCAGUUAAUCGGCGACUGUUCCCGAACAACCGUAAGAUAUCACUGGACUCCUACCUAGAGGAUGAGAAGCGCGAUCACAGUGGUAGCGAGACUGGUUCCGAACAGGACACCGCUCACUAUGCUUCGAUUGCUAUCAAAAUCGAUGGCAACAAGUACAACACACUUGGUACGCCGAGACGCUCGAAGCAAGCACCACUAUCGAUGAUGAUGUGUAAGCAGCCACAGUAUGCACCAUCACCGACGCCUUCAUCCAACUGCGAUAACACCCCCGGUACGGAAGUGGACUCACAGCCACCGUCGCUGGACUGUGUUAAGCGCCGUUCAUUCACCAAAAACACUCCAACAAACCAGACGAACACCUCCAAGGUGGUGCGUCGAUCGUUGGUUGGUAAACAGGCUAAUCUGCUGCAGCAACAGCAACAUCAAGCGCACUCUGCUGGUCAACAAGGACACCAGCAGCAGCAACCGUUGGUGACCGCGAAGAGCACCAUGAACCUGUGCGAUGAUGAGAAGCUUGAGCUUCACGUCGGUAUCGGUGGUGGAGCGUCGGAUGAUGCGGAAACGAGCAGCGGAACCAGCUCGUUGGCCGAUCUGGACAAAUCGACGAGCAACUUCUGUACGCUGCCCCGUCGGCCCAAGUCUACGCUCUGUUCGUUCCACACCGUUACCUUCCAGAAGGGUCCGGGGAAGAAGUCGCUUGGCUUUACGAUCGUCGGUGGACGCGAUAGUCCUCGCGGAGCGCUCGGUAUCUUCAUCAAAAGCAUUCUGCCAUCGGGACAAGCCGCCGAAGACGGGCGACUGCUGGCUGGUGAUGAGGUGCUGGCGGUGAAUGGGCAAGUUUGUCACGAUCUGACGCACCUGGAAGCGGUCAAGCUGUUCAAGAGCAUCAAAAUGGGCGAGAUUGUACUGCAACUCUGUCGAAGGAACAAAUCGGCCCACCGUUCCAUGGACAUCGAGGCGAAUGGGUGCUGAACCAGCAGACAUGGUUAGAUCCUUUUUUGUUGCUAGACAUUGAAAUGCGAAUGGGGAUUAGAAUGUUUAGAAAAGACUUAUUAGCUCUUAGCGGACCACGGGGACACUGCUGUACAGUUGUCUUCUUCAAUGCGAACGAAACAAUUAGAUAAAGUUCUACUUCAGAAUCUACUUCAGAGUGAGGAGAGAGAGAGAUAGAGAAAGUGAGUGAAGGUGGAACUCUGUGUAAAAUAAUUCUACUUCAAAUUUAAACGACUAGAUAGUUCUGUCUAUAGAGUGUGAUACCGAUGUAUGUCGUGAGUUUGUUUGUGUGUGCUUGUAUUUAGUCUCUAAACAUAUCGUCGUUGACGGUGACGCAUUAGUGUGUAAUACAUGUAAUAAAAACAUCUAAAUACACAA